AUGGCAUCCAACAAACCAGUCAAUGGCGUCGUCCAGCCACCGACUGUGCAGCGGUUGGAUCGACCGGGACGCCAUACAAAUCAACUGGAAUAUAUCUUAAAAACGGUUAUGAAGUCCUUGUGGAAUCAUCAUUAUGCGUAUCCCUUCCAACAGCCGGUCAAUGCGAAAAAACUAAAGCUGCCCGACUACCAUGAUAUCAUUAAACAGCCAAUGGACUUGGCUACGAUUAAGAAGCGAUUGGCGAACAGUUACUAUUGGUCCGCCAGGAGGCUGCCGCCGAUAUAA